AGCCAUUAAGAAAGCGACUCGCCUUGCUCAAGAUAGAUAGGUAUGGAACCCUUGACCAUCGUAGGUGCCUUGCCAGUGAGGAUUAGGGUUUACCAGAACGAGAGCUUCACUGCGCGGCGGCGGCGGCGGCGGCGCUGCUGUAGCGGCAACACGGGAGGCUCUCUACGUCGCAUCCUUCGCUGCAUCGCGACGAUGGCCAGCGAUGGCGCCGAGAAGAAGAUGAGCACCGAGCGGCGUGACAAGCUGCUGGGUAUCGAGAAGAUUAUCCAGAAGCGAUGGGAGGACGCCAAGAUCUUCGAGGUCGAUGCGAGCGACGAGCCGCCCAAGCCCGGUGAGAAAUAUUUCGGGAAUUUUCCAUACCCCUACAUGAAUGGGGCGCUUCACUUGGGCCACGCGUUCUCGCUCUCCAAGCUAGAGUUCUCCGCGGCGUUCCAGAGGCUUUGUGGCACGAAGGUGCUGCUGCCAAUGGGAUUUCACUGCACAGGGAUGCCGAUCAAGGCUUGUGCCGAUAAGCUGGUCCGCGAGAGCGAAGAAUUUGGGUGUCCUCCAGUGUUUCCUACAGAGGUGACGGACGACGCUCCAGCAGAAGCUCCAGCUCCAGUUGCGAACAAAGAAGAGGCCACUCAAGAGGUUCCAGUGGAGGUGAAGUUCAAAGCAAAGAAAAGCAAGGCUGUGGCGAAGUCCGGUGCUUCCAAGUAUCAGUGGACGAUCAUGAGGUCUUUGGGUCUGGAGGACGAUGAGAUUGCCAAGUUCCGGGAUCCACUCUACUGGCUGGAGUAUUUUCCGCCCAUCGCCAAGAACGACUUGAAGUUCUUCGGCCUGAGCUGUGACUGGAGACGCUCUUUCAUCACCACAGAGGCGAAUCCUUACUACGACUCUUUCGUAAGGUGGCAGUUUGAGCACUUGCGUGAGAAGAAGAAGGUGGGCAAGGAUUUGCGGUAUGCCAUCUAUUCUCCUCUGGACAGGCAGCCUUGUGCCGACCACGAUCGAGCUUCCGGUGAGGGUGUGGCUCCUCAAGAGUACGUCCUUAUCAAAAUGGAGGUCCAGCCUCCUUUCACAGGGAAACUCAAGGCUUUGGAAGGGAAGAAGGUCUUCUUGGCAGCUGCCACCUUGAGGCCGGAGACCAUGUAUGGCCAAACAAAUGCAUGGGUUCUGGCAGACGGUGACUACGGUGCUUAUGAAGUCAGCGAGACGGAAGUUUUCGUGGUGACGGCUCGGGCUGCCUUGAACAUGGCUUAUCAGAACUUGUCACGGGUUCCGCAGCAACCGACGUGCCUGGUGGAACUCAAGGGACAGGACUUGAUCGGUUUGGCGGUGGUUUCUCCGCUUGCAAAGAAUCCAGUGGUUUACGUGCUGCCGAUGCUGACCAUCAAGACGGACAAAGGUACUGGAGUUGUGACGAGUGUGCCAAGCGACUCUCCCGACGACUACAUGGCACUCUCGGAUUUGAAGUCGAAGCCUGGGCUGCGGGCGAAGUUUAACGUCCGAGACGAGUGGGUGCUACCUUUCGAAGUCAUUCCCAUCAUCAACAUUCCGGAAUUCGGGGACAAGUCGGCGGAAGCGGUCUGCAUCAGCAUGAAGAUCAAGAGCCAGAACAACCGGGAUGAUCUGGAAGCUGCAAAGAAGAUGACGUACUUGAAGGGGUUCACAGACGGGAAGAUGCUGGUGGGUGACUAUGCCGGAAUGAAAGUCCAGGAGGCGAAGCCGCUGAUCAAGAAGUUGCUGGUGGAGUCAGGCCAAGCUAUUAUCUAUAGCGAGCCCGAAAAGAAAGUGAUAUCGAGGUCAGGAGACGAGUGUGUGGUGGCCUUGACGGACCAGUGGUACUUACAGUAUGGUGAGGAGGAAUGGAAGUCACAGGCGGAAAAAUGCCUGACGCAGAUGGAGCUCUACAGCGACGAAACGAGGCGCUUGUUCGAGCACGCUCUUGGAUGGCUGAACCAAUGGGCCUGCUCGCGUUCUUUCGGGCUGGGCACAAAGUUUCCUUGGGACCAGGACUUUUUGAUCGAGUCUCUGUCGGAUUCAACCAUCUACAUGGCGUACUACACGGUGGCACAUAUCUUACAGGAGGGGGACUUGUAUGGCAAAGGUGAUCAUGCUGUGAAGCCCGAGCAGAUGACGAGGAAAGUCUGGGACUUCGUGUUUGGCAUGGGACCUCUUCCAGAGAGCGAGAUUCCGGUUGAAACUCUGCAGAGGAUGAAGAAAGAGUUUGAUUACUGGUAUCCGUUCGACUUGCGCGUCUCUGGGAAGGAUCUCAUCCAGAACCACCUGACUUUUAGCAUCUACAAUCACACCGCCAUGUUCCCGGAGGAGAGGUGGCCUCGUUCGUUCCGGUGCAAUGGUUUCCUGCUGCUGAACGGGGAGAAGAUGGCCAAGUCGACUGGGAACUUCCUCACCAUUCGGGACGCUGUGAAUGACUUCUCGGCAGAUGCAACGAGGUUCGGCCUGGCGGACGCUGGAGACUCGGUCGACGAUGCAAACUUCGUCAAGCUGACGGCAAACUCCGCCAUCCUGCGCCUGACGAAGGAGAUGGCCUGGAUGAGCGACGAGCUCAUUGCUGCUGAAAAGGAUCUGAGGAAGGGACCCCCUACUACAUUCGCGGACCGCGUGUUUGAGAACGAGAUCAACAUUGCUAUCAACCAGACAGAGAAGAACUACAAAGCUCUGAUGUUCCGUGAGGCGCUCAAGUCGGGUUUCUACGAUCUCCAGAUCGCCAGGGACGAGUACCGGCUGGCGUGCUCCUCCUCGGGCAUGAACAGGGACUUGAUCUUCAGGUUCGCGGACGUCCAGACUCGGCUACUGACUCCAAUUUGUCCGCACUACGCCGAGUAUGUCCGAUCGGAGAUCUUUCACCAGGAAGGAUUUGCAGUGACGGCAGGCUGGCCGGCCUCAGGAACUCCCGACUUGACCCUUCAGAGAGCGAACAAGUUCUUCCAGUCCAUCCUUGCCGACUUCCGGAAGGCCUUGCAGAAGCACCUGGCCGGCUCGAAAAAGGCCAAGAAGGGACAAGCAGCAGCGCCUCCAACAGCGCCGGCUCCACUGGCGGGCUUGAUCUACGUAGCCGAGAAGUACGAAGGCUGGAAGGAGGAGUCCCUGAAGAUUCUCCAGUCGUGCUACGACAGCGGCAGCAAGACGUUCACUCCGGACGCGGAGAUCUUGGCCCGGCUGCGCGAGAGCUCGGUGGGACAGUCCGGGGACUUCAAGCAGAUCCAGAAGAAGUGCAUGCCGUUCGUCAAGUUCAAGAAGGACGAGACGCUGUCGGUCGGGCCGCAGGCGCUGGAGCUGCGGCUGCCAUUCGACGAGCGAUGGGUGUUUGAGGAGAACUUGGAGCUGAUCAAGGCGCAGCUGGGGCUGGAGAGCGUGAUGGUGGUGCCGGUUUCGUCCUCGUCCUCGUCCUCGUCCUCGGGCGAGAUCGCUGCCGCUGCUGCUGCUCAGGCCGCGUCUCCGGGAAAUCCAGUGAUUGUUUUCGUCACAGUUCCAGAGAUGGUCGCAGCUCUCGCGUCGAAUGGAGUGGCUCAAGUCACCUUCUCUUAGGAACUCCAGCUCUUUUGUUCGCCGUCAUCCUUUUCAGCCUCCGGAUUAUCCAAGAAGAAGACAUUUUACUUUCUGAAAUUUAAAAAUGAACUCAAAUGAGUAAGCUCAUCCAGUAAUAAUUCAGCCAACCAAGCUAGAAAGAAGUUAA